AUGGCGACGAACGUUGUGAUUCAGCAGGCACCGGUGGUGACGUCUCAGUCCUCAGAUUGGAGCACUGGACUUUUUGACUGCUUCAAGGAUAUGAAAGUCUGCUGCUUGUUCUACUGGUGCUUCCCUUGCAUGGCCUGCAGAACAGCUCAGAAGUUUGGCGAGUGUCUCUGCCUGCCACUGAUCGACACGAUGUCCACGGCCAUCAUGAUCAUGCUUGACGUCCCCAUCAUCGUUCCCGCGAUUGGCCUGUCCACACGGGUCGCCGUGCGUCAUAAAUAUGGCAUUCCGGGCUCCAUUGCGGGUGACUGCGUGCAGGCCACCUUCUGCAGCGUCUGCUCCUGGUGUCAGAUCGCCCGGGAGCUCGACCUCCGCGGCAAGCCGCUCAAGGUCAUCAACUUCCAGCCUGCCCCUGUGAUGAUGCAGCCCACAGCCAUGACCGCCCCACCCACAUUCAUGCCCCCCCCGCCUGGAGGCAUGACCACCCCGCCCACAUUCAUGGCACCUCCUCCCACAGUCACCGCCUACCCCCCGAACUUUGUGCCCUCACAAUCAGACGACGGGGCCAACCAGACUGUGGUUGUGAAAUCCAAUGUCCACACAGUCCAGGUGAAUGUGUGA